AAAUCAUUCGGUUCAUACAAACGCGUGACAAAGACAUUGGAUACAGAGCGCCUUUUCAGAAGACAUCGCUACAAGUCGUUCAUCAUGCCUCGGAUUAACAUCAAAGGGGGUGUUUGGAGGAACACUGAGGAUGAAAUUCUCAAAGCUGCUGUUAUGAAAUAUGGCAAGAAUCAGUGGGCAAGGAUAGCUUCUUUGCUACACCGCAAAGCCGCUAAACAGUGUAAAGCUAGAUGGUACGAAUGGCUUGAUCCCAGUGUCAAGAAAACAGAGUGGAGCCGUGAAGAAGACGAAAAGUUACUACACCUUGCAAAGCUUAUGCCAACUCAGUGGCGAACAAUUGCUCCGAUAGUUGGAAGAACUGCGAACCAAUGUUUGGAACGCUAUGAAUAUCUCUUGUAACUCAUAAAUUCAUUAUUAUUUUAAAACCAAGGGACAAAGCACAAAACAGGGAAGGAUUAUCCGCUGAGGAGGAUCCUAAACGCCUUCGUCCCGGAGAAAUAGAUCCAAAUCCGGAGACCAAACCUGCCCGUCCAGAUCCUGUUGAUAUGGAUGAGGAUGAACUAGAAAUGCUUUCAGAAGCCAGAGCACGGUUAGCCAAUACACAGGUCCGUUGCUUUCGAUGUUUUUACAAUUCAAUUCCAUAAAGUUAUUUGGUGAGGCAUAGAACAACUAUUUUCGCAUUGCCUCACAAUAUAAUCUUUUACUCCUUUGAAAUCAUUUGUUAAAAUAAGAGCUAUAAUAAAGUACAUAAUCCUAUCAAAAUAAGUCUCCGGAAACCAAACUAGUUAUGCAUAUCGUAGAAGGGCAAAUGUUCGGACUGAAUAAUUCUGGGCCCGAAUUUCAUGAAUUUAACUUUCAUAGCUGAAUAAAUAAUGAACAUCACGAAAUGAUCAUUAACUUCAAAUUUACUAAAGAUCAAUGUUACUGAUGGUUUCUGGAUCUCGACGUUAUUUCGAAAAAUCUCAGUAAGUACAAUGAAAUAAUACCUAGUUAGAUUUGAUUUGUUUGUUGUCACUUGGACUUAGAUUAAUUUCUUCAUAAUUCUUCUUUGUGUCUGAUCAUUCCUAUCUCCGGGUGAUUGUUGAUGGUUAGCGUAAACACUAAUUAACGAGCGGUUUCGUCUUUAUGUGCUCGAGCACGGUUAUAAGUCGCUUGUUGUCACCAUCUUGAAACACCUGUUUUGGUGGCUUCAACAUAUGCUACGAAUAUCUUAGCGGACUCCAUAUCGCUUUUUGUUUUUUGAUGUUAGCACUGAGUAGAAAAAGGGAGUAUAUUAAUAUACGUGGCUGUGCUCAGUGGAGACUUUCCUCGUGUUUGGAGGUCAAUAUACUUAAAGUUCGGGUUAUUAGAGUGAUUCUCAUUCUUUGAAAGUGCUCUCAUGUCUAGUUUUAUAGAGUCAAUCGUUCUUGUGGAUCUUUUCGAUAAUUCGUUUUCUUUAAAACCAAAUUCAUGUCUGAAAAUCUUUUCACAUCUGUUUGUUUAUACAUUUUACAUUUAAAAGACGUAAAAAUUACUUGUAUGGUCCCCACCUAACUCUUCAUUUGCCUGUUCUUUGUGAUCUAAGGGUAAAAAAGCAAAGCGUAAGGCUAGAGAACGUCAACUGGAAAUUGCGCGGAGAAUGGCUAUGAUGCAAAAACGUCGAGAACUUCGAGCAGCUGGUCUAGGAACAUUCUUAGGAUUAGCACCGAAAACGAAGCCAUGCAUGGAUUAUAAUUCCGAAAUUCCAUUUGAGAAGCAACCUCCCAAAGGAUUCUAUGAUACUAGUAGGGAAAAACCAGAAAUCAAACCUAUGGACUUUCAGCGUUUAAGACUUUCAGACAUCGAAAAAGAAAGUUUUAUGGAAAGGGAGAAGCGUGAACGUAAAAAGGAUGCUGAACGCCAGGCUAAACGUAUGCAAUCUGAUUUACCUGGGCUUAUUUUGCAACGUGGGAAUUCUUUGGAUGAGCCAAUGUUAAAACGAUCUAAACUUGUACUUCCUGCUCCUCAAGUAUCUGAUCUGGAAUUGGAAAAUUUAAUCAAAGUCGGUCAAGCCGGUGAAAAUGCUGUAAGAAUGGCCAUUGAAGAUGCUGAUGGUGAAUUGGGUUCUGCAACACAUCCUCUUUUACCGGAAUAUCCUACCGGUAGUUUUGCAACACCUGCCUUAAAUCUUCAACGCACUCCAAUGGCUGUGAUAGAUUCUGUGACUAGAGAAGCACAAAAUAUUUUAGCUUUACAACAAGUUCAAACUCCUCUUAAAGGUGGUGAAAAUACUCCAUUAGUUGGUGAAUCUGAUUUUUCUGGUACAACACCUCGUUUACCAAAUACUCUAGCAACUCCAAAUGUUUUACUUCCCAGUCAGAUAGUCGGUGCUACUCCAUUUCGUACACCGAACAGCAACAUUGAAAAUGGUACUCCAAAUCUUAUCGGUGGUGAUGCUAAUAAUACACCUGGCCCAUUAAGAAAAGGUGAACAACAUUAUGGUCCUCCAGGAUCAAAUACACCACUAAGAAAUCGUUUGAAUAUAAAUCCAAUCGAUGGAAAUAAUUUAGAUGGUCUUAAUAAUAAUCAUCCCGAAGGUAUGGUAGACUACUAUGAUCCAAAUGGUGUAAAAACAAAUCUACGCAAAAGUUUAGCUAAUCUACCAACACCGAAGAAUAAUUUCGAAAUAUUUCUCCCUGAUGAAACUAAACCUGACGGUGAUGAUGUGGAUGAUAAUAACUUUGAAGGUUUUAACGUAGAUAUGGAUCAAUCAGAAGAAGAUAGGGGAACUGCUUCAAGAAUUCCAGAUCAGUCAGAUUUAGAUAGACAAUCUGAAAAAGAACGUGCUAAAGCCGCUGAAUUGGAAUGGUCCAAACGAAGUCAAGUUGUUAGACGAUCUUUACCUAGACCAUCAGCUGUAAACCAUACAAUUUUGCGUAAUAUUCCAGGUUCAGUUAACCAACUAUCUCAACAAGAUGCGAAUAUGACAGAUUUACAAAAGGCUGAAGAAUUGAUUAAACAAGAAAUGGUAACAAUGAUGCAUUAUGAUAAUUUAAACAACCCACCACCAAAUCAAUUGUUGGAUGCUGCUAAACAAACUACUAAUCCAAGUGGUAGCAGUGGUGUUGCUCCUGCUAGUCAACAAAGACGUUAUUUACAACAGCUAAAAGCUACACAUGAAAGCUUUUUGAAAGACUGUCCAUAUGAACAGUUUGUUCCGGAUGAUUUGAAAAUGGCGGAGAAUUUACUGGAAGAGGAAAUGCAUGUUGUUCGAAAUGGUAUGGGACAUGGUGAAUUAUCAGCUGAAGCAUAUGCUAAAGUUUGGCAUGAGUGUUUAAGUCAAGUUUUAUAUUUACCGGCACAUAGACGUUAUACACGAGCUAACUUAGUAACAAAACGUGAUCGGAUUGAAUCACACGAGAAACGGUUGGAUCAACUUCGUCAUCUUAUGGCUGAAGAAGCCAAACGAGCAGCGAAACUGGAGAAAAAACUCAGAAUAUUGUUAGGUGGAUAUCAGUCACGGGCACAAACCUUAAUGAAAGCCAUUGAAGAAAGUGUCGAUCAAAUUGAACAAAGUCAAAUGGAAUUAACCACAUAUGAACGACUGCACGAGCAAGAAUUAUGCGCUAUCGCUAGACGUUCAGAUGUUUUAGAAGCUGAUGUUGAACGUCAACAAAAACGAAAUGCUGAUCUUCAACGAGAGUAUGGUAGAUUAAUUCGUAUUCGUGAGGAACGUGAAGCAGACGCUUUCUUAGCUAGUAAUAUGGAUUUAAUUAGUAAUGGUGGUGGUAGUGGUGGUAAAGAUGAUGGCGAUACACCAAUAUCGAAUACUGCUAGUGGUGAUGUUACAUCUAUUUCAACGGAUAUACAUAGUCAGUCUAAUACUGAAUCAUCACAAGCACAAAAACAAACAAUAUAUGGAAAUAAGAAUAUGGUAUCAGGCAAGUGGAUUGCUGUGACACAGAUCGAAAAUAUAGAAGAUCCUGAUCAACCGAUGUUGUUAUCCAAUGGAGAGAUUCCUACAAAGUCUCUCCAUGAUUCAAAUCAUUUCGAAAAUGAUAAUAAUAAUAAUAAUAAUCAUUAUACUACUGAUGAAAAUGUUGUUAUACCUCUUUCAAAUAAUAAUGAGAAAACAUCAUCUAAUGAUACAGAAUCAUUGAAUAAUAUCAUGUUAGAAACAACAGUAAAACAACAAACUAUUAGUUCACAUUAAAAAUGUUAUUUAUCUAAUCUAAUUUCCAUGUAUACAGUAUUGUUUUUUUGCCUAUUUUCUUUCUUUCUUUCUCUCUCUCUCCCUCUCCCCCCACUCUCUCUCUCUUUUUGUGUAUGAAGACUUCAGAAUUUUUUUUAAUACACUAUGCAAAGUUUAAAUGAACUAACUAGGGGGGGGGAUUCGUUUAUUCUUUUCUUUAUAUAUAGAUUAGUGAACUAUGUAUUCAUGCAUGGUAUUGAAAAAAAAACACAGUUUCACACCAAUAUAUCUGUUGCUGUUUCUCUCUCUCUCUCUACUAUUCACUUAAUUGUUUGUAAAGAAUAAUAAUAAUAAAUAACGUAAUGAUUAUAAUUAUC